AUGGGCUCGAGCCUCGCUCUUGAAACGUCGCCUGCAUCGUCAACCGGUGCUGGCGGACACGCGCUUGUGGAGCACUUCUUAGCCUCCAGCGUCCCCCCUAUCCUGACGUCUAUUGAAGUCGGGCCACGUUGGACAACCACGAAAAUGCUGCUUGCCUCCCUUGCAGCGUCAUCGCCUAUGGUUCGGUAUGCAAUGAUGACAUUCUCCGCAAUAGAACUGGGCGAGAGUGAAGGACUGCGCCCAAACCACCAAGCGUUGUAUGACAAGGCUGCGAAGCAGCUGUCUGACCAUGUUACCAGAGUACAGAGGGGUGAUGUGGAUGUGACAGCAGGCCUGCAGUUUGCACUUACUGCUGCGUUCUUUCUAGCCUACUCCGAUCUGUUAGCAAAGCGUCUCGGCGGUGCACAACAGAUCCUUCGAGAUGCUGUCAGCUUAAUACGCAGCCACCGGAAGAAGCAUCUUUCGGCCAUCGAGAGACGGUUGGUGGCAUGGCUGCGCUUGGUCGACGGUCGUGCGUCUUCCGCAGGUGGAGACGGCGCGUUCCUUGACGAGACUGAUGACACUCCACAAGAAGAGCAUCUUCGUUCAUCUGUGCCCGUUGAUGGAAGUAGCGGCCCGGCCGAUGCUGAGCACGCUAUUGAAAUUGUACUCUUCGACGUGCUAUACUCACCAGGCUUAGCCUUCUACCAGCGCGUUCAAAGCAUCAUGGCACGUGUAACCAGGCUUGACCCUUGGCACCGCUCUCGCGGGACUGUGACAGACGAGACAGAGGUUAUGGCGUCUGCUGCUAUGAUCAACCACGAUUUGCACAUCCUGGAAACAGAGCGCCCUGCAUUGAUGGACCAUGCUGUUGCCGGCUCACUCACUGGCCGCUAUCUUGCACCAGACAUCGCGAACGCCAUUACGAAGAGCUAUCGUACCUAUUGGGCGAACUAUUCUGCUGGCUACAUCCAUCUUCACCGCGUAGCGUAUAAGCACCUACCGGCGAAUACCGACGUGCUAGAUGCAAGGACUGCGAUCAAACGGAUUGCAAGAUUCUUCGAGACAGAACAUGAGCCCAUGCCAACGAACAUGAUCUGGCCUCUACUUAUGGCAUGUUGUGAAGAAGAUGGUCUUGAAGACCGUAAGUGGAUGAUCCAAACAAUCCGCGACAUGCACGGCAGUGCCACAAAUGCCAAGCCCAUUGCCGAUGUCCUUGAAGAAGUCCACCGGCGUCAGGACGCUAACAAACAGCGCGCUGAUGUUCGCCAAACCUCCAUGGAUCUCUUCAACAUGUCAUUUGCAGUCGUGUGA